AUGAAUAUUUCCAAGAUACUGGCAUUCGUGCAAGGUAACGAGACAAGAAUGAAGGAAGAAGAAGCCCUACAAAAGCAAAAAGAUAGGGAGUUUAGCAAGAGGGCUAAGUCUGCUAGUAAUUUCAGUCAUGGGGGAUCUCAAGGUGAUGGCAACCGUCAGUUUUUUAAGAAUAGGUCAUCAAGACCUACUCCCUCAAUAGCUAGUGCUCCAUUUCAAAGGUCCAAGUUUAACCAGAAAGACCGGAACCUCGGAACGACAGGCUCACAUUCACAGGCCAGCGUGACCAACCGUGGUUUUCAGCACCCUACAUGCAACACUUGUGGUAAGAAACAUUCAGGACAGGGGGGAGAUGAUGGUACCUUGAGGUACCGAGGUAGAUUGUGUGUUCCAGAUGUAGAUGGGAUCAGAGAACGAAUCAUGUCAGAAGCUCACAAUUCCAGGUAUUCCAUUCACCCAGGUUCCACUAAGAUGUACCAUGAUCUUAAAGAGAUUUAUUGGUGGAAUGAUAUGAAGAAGAAUGUAGCAGAUUUUGUAGCUAAGUGCCCGAAUUGUCAGCAAGUGAAAGCCGAACACCAGAGGCCUGAUGGCCAGGCAGAGCGUACUAUUCAGACUCUAGAGGAAAUGUUAAGAGCAUGCGUUUUGGAUUUCAAGGGUAAUUGGGAUGAUCACUUGCCUCUUAUCGAGUUUUCCUAUAAUAAUAGUUAUCAUGCCAGCAUUGGGAUGGCACCAUUUGAAGCUCUGUAUGGGCGAAGGUGUAGAUCACCAAUUGGUUGGUUCGAAGUUGGUGAAGCGGAGUUGUUAGGACCAGACUUGGUUUAUCAAGCUAUGGAGAAAGUCAAGUUAAUACAGGAGCGUUUGAAAACUGCUCAGAGUCGCCAGAAGUCGUACACAGAUGUGAGGCGAAGGGACUUGGAAUUUUUAGUCGAUGAUUGGGUCUUCCUUAAAGUCUCACCCAUGAAGGGUGUCAUGAGAUUUGGCAAGAAGGGGAAGCUCAGUCCCAGAUAUAUUGGACCUUACAGAAUUCUACGAAAGUGUGUAGGAGACCCAUCGUUGGUUAUUCCUGCUAAUACUAUAACAGUUAAGGAUGGCCUCACCUAUGAGGAGAUCCCCGUAGCCAUUCUUGAUCGUCAAGUUCACAAGUUGAGAACUAAGGAAGUAGCCUCAGUGAAAGUCCUGUGGAGGAGUCAGAAAGUUGAGGAAGCUACAUGGGAAGCCGAGGAGGAUAUGAAAUCCAGGUACCCGCACUUGUUUCGGCCCGCAGAA